AUGGAAGGAAGUCGAGUAACUUUUGCAGCUCCUACUAAUAUGUUAGAUGAUGGAGUACAGACAUUUGAAACUACAACUGAAAUGAAAGUAAAUGGUGACCUUCCUCCCGCUCUAAAUGGCUCAGAUGCAACAUUAUUAGAUCAAUACUAUGCGAAUAUUAAAUAUUUUAUUAACGAUACACCAAAAUCAACUCUUUCACAACUUAGAUCGGAAAUUUGUGAUAAAAUUAGACACAGAUCUCUUUUCCAAUCAAAAGUUUUCGGAAAAUCAUCAACAAACUUCGAUGUCCUUCCUGAAAAUGCAUAUUCUACAUUUAGUGUAUCAUUACAUCUCAUUCUUCGUCCAAAAACUUUCUCAUUUUUCACAACCAACCCAGGUAUCGAUGUAACUGAGAGUUUUGAAGACGAAGGAGCCCAUAUUUUAGAUUUCAUAUCACGUGGAUACUUGCCGCCAAGAAUGUUUGAAGAAUUAAGAAAAUUAAACUUAGUUUGGUACGAUGGUGGUUUAAUAUGCGAAAUAGACGAUCAACGAAGGAAUAACGGCAAUGUUAUGAGAACAUUACUUUCUGUUGCACCUUCAGAUAUAGCUGCAUUAGGUCCAGAAUGCGAAUCAGAAUUUUUAUUAGUCAAAUACCCAUUGAUUUCAUUUGAUUCAGAUAUACAAAUAUCUAAAGUGUCUCGUAUCGCCUCAAGUGAUGCUUUAAGAUGGAAAACAAUCAACGCAGAAGAAACUCCAAAGCAAUACGUUCAAGAACAUCAUCCAUCGAUCUUCUUGAAAAAUGUUGAUAAGCCAAAGGAAGCAAAAGCAGAAGAAGAUCCAGAUGCUUCUGCAAAAGCACUUCUUGAACAAUUAUCUAAAAUUGUUCAGUAA